AUUGAACAACACUGAAAUCCAGUCAGCGCACACAUGGGGCUGUAGGAGGCGGGUUUACUGGGAACACUGGGAACACUGGAGACCACCAGCGUCCCACCAUGAACACAUGAGCUGAAGCAGGAGACAUGUGAGCGGUAGGUUUAUACUUUGUCAUGACGGAAGCUGCCAUUAGUGAGCACAACUACACACCAGCUCCACAGUGUAGAGUCUGAGUCCGGAACCAUCAUGCCCCUGUCGGACUUCCUGGACGGCCUGAAGGACAACCCCUACUUCGGGGCAGGCUUCGGUCUGGUCGGGGUGGGCACAGCACUGGCAGUGGCACGGAAAGGAGCCCAGGUGGGGAUGAUCUUCUUCCGCAGGAACUACAUGAUCACCCUGGAGGUGCCCAGCCGGGACAAGAGCUACCACUGGCUGCUGAGCUGGAUCACCAAGCACGCCAGGCACACGCAGCACCUGAGUGUGCAGACCUCCUACCUGGCUCAUGAGAGUGGACGGGUGCACACGCAGUUUGACUUUCACCCCAGCCCUGGGAACCACAUCAUCUGGUAUGGGAGGAAGUGGAUCCGGGUGGAGAGGACCAGAGAGAAGCAGAUGGUGGAUCUGAAUACUGGAACCCCAUGGGAGUCCGUCACCUUCACGGCUUUAGGCAGAGACAGACAAAUCUUCUUUAAUAUCCUACAAGAAGCAAGAGAACUGGCCCUGAAGCAGGAGGAGGGGCGCACGGUGAUGUACACGGCCAUGGGGGCUGAGUGGAGACCCUUUGGGUUUCCACGGCGACGCAGACCCCUGAGCUCCGUGGUGCUGGAGGCUGGCGUGGCUGAGAAGCUCGUGGACGAUGUGAAGGACUUCAUUGGAAGCCCCAAGUGGUACACAGACAGAGGCAUCCCCUACAGAAGAGGAUAUCUGCUGUAUGGACCCCCAGGAUGUGGCAAGAGCAGCUUUAUCACGGCUCUGGCUGGGGAGCUGGGCUACAGCAUCUGUCUGAUGAGCCUGAGUGACCGAACCCUGUCUGACGACCGGCUCAACCACCUGCUGAGCGUGGCGCCGCAGCAGAGCAUCAUCCUGCUGGAGGACGUGGACGCAGCCUUCGUCAGCCGAGACCUGAUUCCAGCAGAGAACCCUCUGGCCUUUCAGGGAAUGGGAAGACUGACCUUCAGUGGUCUGCUCAACUCUCUGGACGGAGUGGCUUCCUCUGAGGCCAGAAUAGUUUUUAUGACCACCAACUUCAUUGACAGGUUGGACGCGGCGCUGAUCCGACCCGGCCGUGUGGAUCUGAAGCAGUACAUCGGCCACUGCACCCACUGGCAGCUCACCCAGAUGUUCCGGCGCUUCUACCCACUGGAGCCGGCUUCUGAAGCCGAGCGCUUCGCAGAGCGGGCGCUCGCUGCCGGCUCGGAGAUCAGUGCUGCUCAGGUGCAAGGACACUUUCUGAUGCACAAAGCAGACGCUAAAGGAUCUAUAGACAAUGUUGCCCAGAUCAAAGGAUGAAAGGAGCUGGGGGGGCUGUCUUCGGAGACAGUUGAAUACAGAGAAAUGUAAAACAAACCAUUUGUUUCCAGUUGACUGUAUAUUAUUAGUAUUCUUAAUAAAACAAAUGUUCUAAGAUA